CCAUAGUUUACUUUCAAGAGAUAUUCCGCUUCUGACUAGACAUAAUGUAAAGACCACGCAAUCCCCUGCCUGCACGUAAUUUCUUCUCUUUUUGCGAUUUUCUAAAGCACUAUGCGAUCCGAAUAUAUCCUUGCUUCGUUUAUCUCAUAUUUGACGACGCGAUAGCUAUUAUAAGACAACCUGUAGAGAACAACUCCUGUGGCUUCGCAUACACUUCCCUUAGACAAUUACGCAAACUUCUUCGACGGUCACUACUCGCGAGCUGUUUCCCGUUGACUACUCUUUUCUUCGCGAAAAAUCUGGGAAACAGCGCAAGCGCAUGUCGCGGCGAAGAUAGCGCGAGCCUUCGCGACUAUCAGUGCACAUCGAUCAUCCGUACCGCGACACAAUGGAGAGUCCACCCCGUUAUCCUGACAAUAGGUCCGGGCCUUACAAUCAACAUUACAAGGAUGACCUGCAUGUUAGCGUGCAGCUGAAUAUGUGGACCCUGAAACCGAUCGGCACGUGGCCCAAACCCGUGAAUUAUUCCUGGCUCGAGAUGCUGUGGUGCAGACUGCUGAACUUGAGCUGUUACUUAUUACUGGCCUUCAUCUUGAUUCCCUGCAGCAUGUACAUCGUCCUGGAAAUCAAGGACUUUUACAAUCAACUAAAACUCGGCAGCGCGCUCAGCUUUUUCAUGAUGGCAGUAAUAAAGUAUUGUGCCUUGAUUUUACGCGAAAACGAUAUUCGCAGGUGCAUCGAGUUCAUCGAAGGCGACUGGAAGAACGUGAGAUGCGCGGAGGACCGGAAAAUCAUGCUGGAGAAUGCAAAUUUUGGUCGCCGGCUGGUAGUCAUCUGCGGCUUCUUUAUGUACGGCAGUGUCUUGUUCUAUUAUGUGGCCUUGCCGCUCACUCGCGCAAAAAUCGUCGACGAGGACAGCAAUAUGACUUACCGGCGACUGGUGUACCCCGUGCCCAAGAUGAUUGCCGACACCCGUCGGAGUCCCAUUAAUGAGAUUGUCUACAUCAUCCAACUACUGUCUGGUUUUGUCACUCAUAACAUCGCGGUGGCGGCUUGCGGUCUGGCAGCCCUCCUCGCGAUGCAUGCUUGCGGCCAACUGCAGGUGCUCAUGUCCUGGAUGAACCAUCUGGUCGACGGUCGAGAGGGUGUCAAUGACACCUUGGACGAGAGGCUGGCGAAUAUCAUUCAACUGCAUGUACGCAUUUUGAACUUCAUAUCGUUAACCGAGGAGUUAUUGCAUGAAAUAUCUCUAGUGGAGGUUGUGGGAUGUACGUUGAACAUAUGUUUCGUUGGAUAUUAUUGUAUGAUGGAAUGGGAUUUUAAGCAACCUGUUAGUGGCCUUACAUAUUUAAUCUUGGUUAUCUCGAUCACAUUCAACAUAUUCAUAUUUUGUUACAUAGGUGAACUUUUAGCCGAACAGACGACGAAAGUACGCGAGAACUCGUACAUGAUUGAUUGGUAUCGACUACCGGCAAAAGAGAGUCUCGCUAUCAUCUUAAUUAUUUGUAUGUCCAACGCGACCACCAGGCUCACAGCUGGAAAUAUAGUCGAAUUGUCUAUUAGUAGUUUCGGAGACGUUAUUAAAUCAGCUGUAGCCUAUUUGAAUAUGCUAAGAACGUUUGCUACUUGAAGAAAUAUUAUUUAACCAGUAGUACUCGACAAAUAAUACUAAUCUUUCACAAACCAGCAGUAAUAUAAUGAGAAAUUCUGAGCAUGUCUAGUCAUCGAAUGUUGAUGAUUACGUUCCGAAUUAAACAGAUGAAGUAUGCGAUAAUUUUGCACUGUUUAAUUUGUGACUUGAAAUUAUUCCCGAAUAGAAUUUGUUACUUUGUAGCGCCACCGGAUCGUUUAUUAAAUGAGACACCUGUGCAAGAUUUUCCAUUUUUAUCAUUCUUAUUUUCAUUUGUAUUAUCCUUACAAACUUGUACAUUAACAAAUGAUCAAAUACAAAGCAACAUAAGAGAAGUUAA